UUGAAUGACUUCCUGUGGCUGCGUGUUUACUCCUCAUUUGUUGUGUGUGCUCUGGUUCCCAGCCCCUGAAACAAGGGAGGCUCACUUUAAGAUCUCCAUUCCCUCAUUUCCCGUCUCUGAAAGUCUGUCUGCCGCCGUCUCUUCUCCGCUCAGAAACAAAAGAAGCUGACCUUCUCCAAGCUGCAGCACAAUGACUCGUAUCUCAGGUCUCUCCCCAAAACCAGCUACUACCAGAUCUUUGACCUGCAGACGCAGUUAGUGGAGCGUGGUAGCCUGAGAACCCACCAUGAGUUGGAGGCCUUUUACACGUGCAUCAAGUAUAACAGUCACCCAUCACAGCUACAGAGAAGUCUGCAGGAUGUGAGGAAAAAGAUGCUGGAAAGCAGGUCUGCAGCUGAUUUGACGUCCCAAAGCAAGACGUCAGAAAAACACCCGUCCACUGCUGAGGAUAGAGAAGCGGAGGAUGACGUCUGCUGUCCCAGGUUGUUAGAGCAAUGGUCUGGUCCAGGAGAGGGUUCGACUGAGCUGAUCUCCGGUAGCAGCCAGGAGAAGGAUGCAAUUGAGCCAGUGUUUCCCAAGAUGAAAGCCCCCACAUUUGCAACUCUGCAGCCCAACAUUAUGAGGAACUUCCAAAGCAAGAUGCCUGAUCUGACGAUACCUGAGAUUCCUGAGCAGAGCAGGAGAGCAGAGAUUUAUUUGAGACGACUGAGACAAAUGCAUCAUCUUUGCUUGACCAACAUGGCUUUUUCCCAAAGACUGUUGGACAGAGAGAGAGACUCGCUGUGCUGGCAGGAGGAGCAAGGCGUCCAAGAUUUGGUUCUUCCAGGUAUUAACCCCAAACAAGGGAAGGCGAGCCAAACCAACCAGCCACCUCUCAGCUCCCUGAAUCAGCCAAAAAGUGUCCAGAAACCUCCACAGCUGAACAGAUUGACCUCAUCCAGCCUCCAUUGUUUUGAGACUGGUUUUGUACACAGCAGUGUGCUGCCGGAAAACACCUGAUCCCUUAUCCAUUGAGGAUGUGUGUCGACAAUAGCACAUACAGAUCCUCGACCCUGGGUUUAAACUGCGGAGGAACUAUACAGAAAACACAGAUAAUUCAGGAAAUCAUGUUGUGGUUAACCCAUAUAAUACACUUUUAUACUGUCAUACAAACAUAUUACAUACUUAAAUAGGCAACUAUCUUAUCUAUCUAUCUAUCUGUUUUUUUAUAUUUUAAUAAUUCUUAUGUCAUCUCUUUA